AUGAUGCGGAUAAGGCCUCAGAUUGCAGGUGCAUUUGCUUUCCUGCUGCUAUUGUCGGCGUACCUUGGUUUCUCAAAGAGAUUGGUUAUUCCGGUCAAUGAUAAAAUUGUGCACUUUAUAUGUUUCUUCUUGAUGACAUUAUGUUUCUACUGGGUCCUCGAUACAUCCCGUCGUCGGGUAGUCAACUUUACCUUAGUAGUUAUGUUUGGCAUUCUUGGUGUAGGAUCGGAGUUCGUUCAGGGAGUCUUGCCGUGGCGUACAUUCGAUGCUUAUGACAUUUUUGCAAAUCUUCUCGGUGCCGGCGCCGCCCUAGGGCUCUGUAUGUGGUAUCAUAAGCGUAUGCUGGAGAGAAAACGACAGGCGAAGCAGGCUAGCUAUCAUGCCGUUGGAAAUGAAGAGGCUGAACUAGGUAUCAUUGAAGAGGAAGAUGAAAGCGAGGAUAGUCUGCACGGACACGUCUCAAGCAGUACAGGGCCGCAAAUCAAUGGGGAGACGACUUCAAAAUAG